UGCGACAAUACCAUGCAAAAAUGAACAAAGCCUACAACUGGAUCAAUAUCUGAAACCAAAAGUAAUCUUUGAUUUGUCCGAGGUUAACAAACACCGUUUUCUGAAAAUGCGAUGAGCAUUUAUUGCUUGAAUAAUCUGAAUAAAUACCGAACGAAUUGCGCGAGUACCGGUAUUAAUAAGGAGUUGAUUGAACAAGGAUUAACAAAGUAUCAUUAUAGAAAACAGCAUGACAGAUAGAAGUGCAUGGGUAAAACUGGAGAGGGUCAGAUGUCCUGUAAAUGGUUGCCCUAACACAGAAUUGAUAAACUGGCAGUGUUCUUCUCACCAAACACCCAGAUAUGUAAACGCGAUGGGUCAGACGAAGUGCGAUGCUUGUGUGAUAGUCCGCAUUUCUGAUUUUUACUGGUGUUGCGGACACAGCUUCCACAACGGCCAAUACCACAAAGCUGACCUAGAGGGGUUGACACUUGCGCUUUCAAGGUCACCAGAAUUUACGGCUAAACAUGGUGCGCAAUGGGUUGCCUCUCUGGUUCAUAAUCUAACCCAGCAGUACAAUAACAUGAAUGCACAGGAAUCGUGUGCAACCAUGUAAUUGCAUAUAAUGUAAAUAUUAUAUGAAUGAUAUAUUUCAUAUAAACGUUUUAUAUCUAGUAUAUCGUGGCUGUGUUUGUUAUUGAAAGUGUUGCAUUUGCUUUUGUUUUUGCUUUCGAUUACGUAACAUGUAAAUGAACUGUGAAUGAGAAAGUAUGACUUUAUUUGGGUUUUCAAAUUGAUUGUUUCCGUUUAAAAUCUUUAGUUUUUAUAUCGACCAAUCUUGUGAAACUGUAGGUAUAGCAAUCGUAGUGACCAAUCUUGUAAAACAUGUGGAUAUAUCACACUUGCAUAGUUACCUAGCUUGAGAUUGUAUUCUGAGCUAGUUGUGAACAUCUGGUUCCGUUACGUUGCUAUUUUACUUGUUUAUUCAAAAUUACGCGUAUACGCAAGCGCAAGCAUAACACAUGCACGCACACACACGCUCGCACACAAACUCGCACACAUGCAAUACAAGUUAACAUCAAUAAAGAUGCAUCAAUGUACAAAUAUGGUUUCGUUACGUUGCUAUGUUUCUUGUUUAUUCACGUUAAACACAUGCAUGUCUUCAUAUUGUAUUUAGAGUGAAUAUUCAAUAUUAAAUAAAAUAGCAUUAAUUACAUAAGUGCACCGUAAAAACAUUAUUGAGAUGGUUUGAAAAAAAUAUAUCUGAGAAACAUAUGGAAAACUAUACCAUUACUAUUAAUAUGUUAGUUCUGUUGUAUCAGGAAGCCAUUGAUGGAAAUAUAUACACAAAGUUUACAAGAGAUAAAUCUUAUUAAAGAAUCUGGUCCUUUAUUCAUUGCAUGGAACCAAUAACAAUUGAGAGACGAAACAAGGUACAAGGCAAGACCCACAAAUACACAACGAACAAACACAAAUUACAUAAAAACACACCUUUGUUACCGACUUUGAAAGAUAUAUUUGUAUAUUUUAGCAUUCAACUUUGUAAAGAAAAGUUAGAGUUGUGACAAAGUAUUGUGCGUUGAGUAUGCGAUUUGUGUUUACAAGUAAGUGUAUAUUUUACAUUUUGAACAUUUUUUAUUUUUUAUUUUUUUAAACAGUUUUAAUUGGACAAUGCACACGAUGGACCUUUGAGAUGUAUCCACCUUAAAAAGAAACAUUUCUGAACAUUGAAACAUAAAAUAUCAAACCUUGUUUAUUUGAACGAAUAUUAUUUGACAUAUUAUUUGUAUGAUCUAUAAUUGCAACAUGGAGCAUAUCAGCUGAAUACUCAACACGUGCAACAUUUCUGGUGAUAAAUAAUAUGCGAGUUCUUUCCCUUCCAUAUUCAUGAUAUUCCUGACAAUAGGCAGUUUCUUCUUAUUGAAUAAAUUAUGUAUAACUA